CGAUGUAAACAAGAGAAGACGGUCGAGGGCAGCGGGCAUCGAACAGGCCACCGUCACCGCAGCGCAUCGCCCGCCCGCCCCCCCGGGCCGCAGAACCAUGGGACCCCCGGUCACCAUCAAAGUCAACUUCCGGGGGAACGUGAAGAGAUUCCUGGCGCAGGACCUGGACAAGCUGGAGUGGGAGUCCGUGGAAGCCUGGAUCAAAGCGUCGUUCGGGAUCAACCACUUCCAGGUGAAGUACUUUGAUGAGGACAACGAGGAGAUCUGCAUCAACAGUCAAGAUGAAUAUGAAGAAGCCAUAAAGAGUGCAGAGAAGCAGGGGAACCAGUUGCACAUGAACGUGUACAAAAUGAAAGGGCAGGCCUGCGGAGGCCCUGUCAAGACGGAGGUGAAGGAGCUGAAAGGAGACCUCCGACCCGCCCCUCCUUACCCCUCCAGGGUCAAGACUGUGGACAAGAGCACGCAGGUCACCCCCGAGCGAGAAGCUGUGCAGGUCCCAGUAAAGGACAACAAGGGGAACAAACCAGAAGAUGAGCCCCCUCCCAUGUGGUUUAGAGCAUACAUGGAAAAGUUCAAGGAUGAAGUGGUGAAAGAGGUCGUUGAAAGGAUGUGCAGUGACUUUUCUGGCCAGUGCUGCACCCACAAAUCCUCUGAUGGGCCCCCUGAGCCCAGUCUGGCCAGUGGAGGACCCCCUGAGCCCAGUGGGGCCAGUGGGGGACCCAUAGGCCCCCGGCCGGGCCCCUCCACCUCAAGCGGGUCACUUGGCUACACCCCAAACUGCAGCAGCUGUAACAAACUCACCUCUGAAGGGGCGUACAAGUGCAGUGUGUGUCCGUCCUGCAUCCUGUGUGAGAUGUGCCGACACAGCCAUGACCCCAGCCACAACCUCGUGAGAACCAAGACACCUCUCUCCAUCCCCGAGCACGGGAUGUCUGGAGAGUUAAGGUUCCCACGGCGAGGAGACAGGACAGUGCGCAAGGCCGAGCGACAGCGCCUCAAAGCAGAAAGGAGGCAGCUCAGAGCCGAAGUGAAGGAAAUCAAGAAGAAACUGAGACUGGAGAAGAGGGGGCCGCAGUGGAGCGGGCCCUCUACCUCAGGCAGAGUCAACCUGGCAAACAUGGCCUCUGCGUCCACCCAGGUCCCAGCCCUGCCCCCCCCUGCUGACUCAGAAACAGCCUCAGGUCCAGCCCCAGCCAACGGUCCCAUCCCCGCCCCGGUCCCCGACCCCCAGGCCUCCAGUCCAGAGGGUCCCGGGGUCUCGCACGCGUCUUUGGUGCCCACUAUGGCUGCCUUGUUUCUGGAUGAAAAUCUGCCUGACGGCACCCGUCUGGAGCCUGGCACCAAGUUCAUCAAGUACUGGAAGAUGAGGAACUCGGGCACUAUCAGCUGGACCUCAGAGACUAAGCUAGUGUUCAUGUGGGGAAACCUCGGCCUGGCGUCGGAGAAGAAGAGGGAGGUGCCGGUCCCCUUGCUGCUCCCCGGACAGAUGGGCGUGGUCAGCGUGGCCUUUGUCGCUCCGGUGAUGGAGGGGACGUACACCUCCCACUGGCGGCUGGCGCACUGCGGGUGUCAGUUCGGCCCGCGCGUGUGGUGCAGCAUCGUGGUCGACCCCGGCAACAGCCGCAACACACCCGGACAUCAGAGCAAAAGACUGAAGGAGGAGGAGAGGACAGUGGAGAGGGAGAUGGAGCUGGGGUGUGACGAGCUCCAUCCCGAGGAUUUCUACUUCCCCUCAGUCGACCUGCUGACUGCACAGGAUCUUCUCUCAUUUGAGUUGUUGGAUAUAAAUAUAGUUCAAGAGUUGGAGAAAGUUCCUAAUAACACCCCUGUUGAUCUGACGCCCUGUAUAUCUCCUCUGCCCCAUGAUCCACCACUUCUGGAGAAGGCCAUAACUUCACAAAUAAAGGAAGACACAGAAUUCACAGGGGUCAGAACACUUUUUGGAGUGAAACUGCGGCAGCCGAGGGAGAUGUUGGAGCUCGUGACCCAGGAGGAGGAGGAGAAGGAGGAGAUCAGCGGAGCCCAGUUCCUCUGUGAGACCGUCAUCCGCUCCCUGACCCUGGAGGAAGCCCCCGACCACAGACCCCUGCGCCGGCUGCAUCAGAGGAACCACAAACCACAGCUUGUUUCCCGCGGUCCAAGCUUUUGCGUUGAGAGAGCAGAGGAGGCCGAGAAGCUGGAGAAGCCCCAGGAAGGAAACGUGGAUCUCGGUGCUAAGAGACUUGAGAGUUCAGAUCUGCCUCCGGACACAGGCCUCAACCCGAUCAGCCAAGAAGAGGACACGAGGCCGGUUCUUCUCCAGGAACCAGUGACUGAAAACCUGCACGCCAGUUCACGUCGUGAUCUGGAGGAUGAAGAAGUCGUGGUUUUGGACGAGAUGCAGAUCAUGAAGGUCACUCAAGACGAGAGAGACGAUGGUGCAGACUGGGAUGAGGUCAGCAGCCAGAGCUCCUCCGUCUCCUCCUGCGACGACUACAUCAUCGUCCUCCCAGACUGCUUUGACACCAGCCGUCCUCUGGGGGAGUCCAUGUACAGUUCCGCCAUGUCGCAGCCUGACAUCGCUGCUGCUGCUGCUGCUGCUGCUGCUGCUGAAGAAGAUGAUGAUGAUGAUGAUGAGACCACAGCCGCUGCAGACGCUCAGCAGCUGAAAGACGACGAGGACGAGUCUGACUGCGAGCCGGGCAGGACGGCGCCGCCGAGCACGAAGGAGGAGGAGUCUGAGGCGGUCGUGGCUGAGGAUUUGUCGGUGGAGGUCUGGCUUCCUCCCGUCCCUCUGAUCCACGGCAGCAUAAACCAGAUGCUGUGUGCGUCUCAGACUCUGGACGCCGUGACUCUCACCCCGGAGGUGGUGCCACCGCCGACUCUGGUCGACUCCCUGCUGUCCCCGCCCGCUCUCUACUCACCCAGGUCUGAGGCGCUGUACCUGGCCGAGGACCCGAGUCCUCCGGCCUGUGACCCGUACGAGCCGCGCCAGCCCCGGGUCCAUCUGAACGUGUCGUCCGGUCUGUCCCGAUCAGCAGGCUCCGCCUCCAGUGCCUUCGAGACGUACAACCCCCGACCCAGCAACGCACUGCAGCCAAGGGGCCAAGGAGGCAUCACUGAGGGACUUGUCAAGGGGGCUCUUUCUGUGGCAGCGUCCGCUUAUAAGGCUCUCUUCACUGGACCAAACUGCCCAAUACAGCGUGGCAUCGACCCGGCCACCAGGCAGGACCCCUCCCUGAUGGCCAUGCUGCUGGAGAUGGGCUUCAGAGACCAUCGGCUCAACCAGCGGCUGCUGAGGAAGCACGGCUACAGCCUGCUGCACACCGUCAACGAGCUGGUGCAGAUGGCCGAGGAGCGGCAGAACGAAGCCGUCGAGGCUCGGCACUGAGGGGGGGGGAGAGGGGGGGGGGAGAGGAAGUGACCUCACAGUCGUCGGAGGGAAUGUAUUUGAGAAUAUUUAGAUUUUGACCUGUGUGUGGUUUUCCAAUGUCCUUUUUGAGUUAUUUAAAGACGAGAAAAACUAUUUAUGAUUCAGUGACAGGGUGGAUCGUUGAUUCGGACCAAUAGGACAAGAAUGUUACAACAAUAAAAAAACAAAUAAAACUGCAUUUACUCCUCGUAAACCAUCGAUUAGAAUAAAACAUACUCAUGAACGGCUUCUUCUGCCUCUUGCCUUUAAUUUAGCUUCAACAUUUGGAUGAAAUUAACCAUAAAUAUAUAUGAAAACACGUGUAGAUGCGUACGGAUAGCGGUCGACCUCUGCCUUGUUUACCUGGGCCGCACAACUUUACCGUGUGGGUCAUAAAGGACGUAGGAGGGAUUAAGUGUGUAACUCUGCUCUUCAUCUUCGUGUUGCUGUCGUAGCUGCUUCCUCUGCGCUGAAAAAUAAUCGUGUCUCGUCCGGGCUCGGCUAGAUCCUCCUCUGGAGCGGAGCGUGAGUAUCGUUGAAUGUCGUUAAAAAAAAAGUGUUUCCGAAGAGCCAGCUCUCGUUGAAAGGCGACGUUACUGAAGCUGCAGCGGCUGGAACAACACGCGUACAUAUAUAUAUAUAUAUAUAUUUCCGACUUUUUCUCGACUUUCUCGUAGUGAAACCUGCCUAAUCAAUGCAAUCUUUUUCUUACUGUUAUUUUAGACGUUGACAUGUGGAAUGUAACCGUCCGGACGGGUUCGCCGUUCAGACUCCCCGGUGUUUUUUCUACUCUUGCUUCUUAGGAGACGCCUGCAUGACAGGUAGAGGCUUUAGAGACGAGUCGUGUCCUUGUGUCUUAGCACCGUCACCGUGGAAGACGUCCGCUUGGCGUCGCGGCUCCACCCCCACCCCACCCCCCCCCCCCGGCAUAUCCCACGCGUCGAUCCCUAGCAACCGCCACUUAGCACCGAUCCAAGCGUAGACGUCUCUAACAACACAUUCCAUGAUCUCUUAGUGGAACCAAGUAUAUUCUGUUUCAUUAAAAGGCCUUUACAGAGGAUUUAUCAAAAUAUACAUAUGCUGGUUUGAUGUUAUUUGUGGUGAAUGUGUGUGUGUGUGUAGAUUUAAUUUAACGUACGUUUCCGAUGGUUUGAGUUGAUUCUCCUUGUUUUUGUUUGUGCGGUUGAGGAUUUUUUUUGAACCAUAUUUCCUUAUGUUGAAUGAUUUUUCCACGAUUUUAAAGGAUCAAAAUCUGAAUAUAUCUACUAUGCUUGUCAAACCAUUCUUCUGCCACUGAGUGUAUUCAUCAAAUACCCGUCAGCUGUCGAUCCACCAAUAAAACUAUUUGCACAUCC